GAAAGAGUGAAUGGAUAUCUUUUCUUUGGGAUUUAGGUGAAUCUUUUUUCGUUCUCUUACCAGUAUUAAUAUUUGCGGACGAACUCAAGCGAAGGAUUUACCAGGAACCUGGGUUUGAUCUGUGGAGUCCCAGUUACAUUAAUACUUGGCUUUGGAUCCUGAAACAGGUGUGCAGGAUGCUGCAGUGAGUGUGCUGUGUGCGCUCUUGCAGACGAUGAGUGAGUUUGGGACACAGGGCUCCAAUGCCUCUAAAGACUGGUGCUACUCCGCCCGUAUCCGCAGCACUGUGCUGCAGGGUUUACCCUUCGGAGGGGUCCCCACUGUGCUCGCCCUUGACUUCAUGUGCUUUCUGGGGCUGCUCUUUGUAUUCUCCAUCCUAAGGAAAGUAGCAUGGGAUUAUGGGCGUCUGGCACUGGUCUCAGACGCAGACAGACAGGAUCAGCGAUAUCGGCUUCUAGAAGAACGGGAAUAUGUGGCUUCAGCCCUGCAGACUCCCUCUGACACCCGCUAUGAGCGUUUGACAUCUGUGUCCAGCUCUGUGGACUUUGACCAGAGAGACAAUGGUUUCUGCUCCUGGCUUACUGCCAUCUUUAGGAUAAAGGUUGAUGAGAUUCGUGAGAAAUGUGGUGAAGAUGCAGUACACUACCUCUCCUUCCAGCGCCACAUCAUUGGCCUGCUCGUUGUGGUUGGCGUGCUGUCAGUGGGUAUCGUCCUGCCUGUCAACUUCUCAGGAGACUUGUUGGAUAAUAAUGCUUACAGCUUUGGGAGAACCACAAUGGCUAACUUGAAGUCUGGGAAUAACCUUCUAUGGCUGCAUACCAUCUUUGCGUUCCUUUAUCUGUUACUGACUGUAUACAGCAUGAGACGACACACCUCUAAGAUGCACUACAAAGAGGACGACCUUGUGAAACGCACUUUAUUCAUAACUGGACUCACAAAAUAUGCAGAGGAAAGACAGAUCAAGCAGCACUUUGAGCUGGCCUAUGAAAGCUGCCAGGUUCUAGAAGUUAGUCUCUGUUACGACGUGGCCAAGCUGAUAUCCCUGAACACUGAGAGGAAGAAAGCGGCACGCAGUAUGAAGUUCUACAGUGACCUCAAGGCUAGAGAGCACAUUCCCACCAUGAUCAACCCCAAACCAUGCGGUCAUCUCUGCUGCUGUAUCAUUAAAGGCUGCGAACAGGAGGAGGCAGUGAGCUACUACACUAACCUUGAAGCCAAACUGAGAGAGGAAUUCAAUAAUGAAAAACAGAAAAUCCCCCAUAAGCCUCUGGGCAUGGCAUUUGUGACCUUCCAGAGCGAGGCCCUGACAGCCACGAUUGUGAAGGACUUUAAUGCAUGUCAGUGCCAGGGAUGUCAUUGUCGAAGGGAACCCAAGUCCUCCUCGUGCAGCACACAUCUCAACGUAAACAACUGGACGGUCACGUAUGCUCCCGACCCACAGAAUGUUUACUGGGAGCACUUGUCCAUCAGCGGUCCGAAAUGGUGGGGUCGCUGCUUCAUCAUUAACUGCCUGCUCUUCAUCUUACUCUUCUUCCUCACCACACCUGCUAUCAUCAUCUCUACCAUGGACAAGUUCAACGUCACCAAGCCUGUGGAGUAUCUAAACAAUCCCAUCAUCACCCAGUUUUUUCCCACCCUGCUUUUGUGGACCUUCUCUGCCCUGCUCCCCACCAUCGUCUAUUACUCCGCCUUCUUCGAGGCACACUGGACCCGGUCUGGAGAGAACAGGACCACCAUGCAUAAGUGCUACACCUUCCUCAUCUUUAUGGUCCUGUUGCUGCCAUCUCUAGGACUCAGCAGCUUGGAUCUUUUUUUCCGCUGGCUUUUUGACAAGAAGUUCCUUGAGGAGGCCGCAAUCAGAUUUGAGUGUGUCUUUCUCCCAGAUAAUGGGGCUUUCUUUGUGAAUUAUGUCAUUGCGUCUGCGUUCAUUGGUAACGCCAUGGAUCUGCUGAGGAUUCCUGGGUUACUCAUGUACAUGAUCCGACUCUGCCUGGCUCGCUCUGCAGCAGAACGCCGCAACGUGAAGAAACACCAAGCGUACGAGUUCCAGUUUGGAGCCGCUUACGCCUGGAUGAUGAACGUCUUCACUGUUGUCAUGACUUACAGUAUCACCUGUCCAAUUAUUGUUCCUUUUGGACUGAUGUACAUGCUGCUGAAACAUUUAGUGGACAGGUACAAUAUGUACUAUGCCUACCUGCCCACCAAACUGGAUAAAAAGAUCCACUCUGGAGCUGUCAAUCAAGUGGUGGCAGCACCAAUACUCUGCCUCUUCUGGCUACUGUUCUUCUCCACUGUCCGCACAGGUUUUGUUACGCCAACCUCCAUGUUCACGUUCGUGGUCUUGAUCGUCACUAUCAUUGUGUGCCUCUCUCAUGUGGUCUUUGGCCAUUUCAAAUACCUCAGCGCACACAAUUACAAGAUUGAAGCGGGGGAUGUGGGAGAUGGUGGGGAGAACGGACGUCCUGCAGAUGCAUCACCCCAAGGCAGAUGCACGACGUACAUUGCCCAGGUCCUGCAGAGUUCAAACUCAGACGAGAUGGACCCAGGCAAUGGUGAGGACGAUGGCCAGGGGUCCUCACAGGACGAGGAACUGAUCGGUGGAGAAAGUGGCAUCAACGAAGGGGACUUUCAGUCUGGAGAGGACAGCCUAAUUGCCAAUGAGGUCAGACAGUGACCCUGGCCCAACCUAUACCACAAACAGAGGAACGUGGCAUAGGCGGUGCACUGAACUUAAGUCAGUGAAGCUAACAAGACUCUAUGGAUACAAACUGUAGAACUCAGAACUGUGCAUCUGGACCAGUGGGCUCUGUCGAGUCCACGGAACGAAGAGGCACAGCAGUGGAAGCGCAUGUCGUCGACUCAAACCUGAAUCCUCUCAACUGUUGAGCCUUAAGGCCAUAGAACAGACACUAACAUGGUUGCUAUGUUCUCUUUUCUUGUACUUGAUUUGGUAAAGCCACUCCUGCUUACCCCCCAUUCAUUGACUCAUACGCACAGACAUACGCCGACUAACCCACACUGGACAAGUCCACGCCUGAGAUCAUCUUUAACCAAUAACUAACAUCGCUCAU